AUGACACUGUGGAACGGUUCCUUCCCCUUUUACCCUGGCGCCAAUGUGUGCUUCCCCUUCGACACCACCCAGGCCAUUAUAGUCUCCGUCUUCCUCUCUAUGUUGGCCACUUUCAUCAUUAUCCUGCCAGGGAUCCGGGCUGUGGCCAGCUGCCAAUACAGCCAAACACUGAGGUUUGGGUCCCCAUGGCAAAAUCUGACUGCGACCUGUCCCCUUCAUCUGCUUACCCGGUUCCCGCGGGUGGUGAUGGGCCUCUUUAUGGGAGCAGCGAUCCUUGUCAUACAGUUCACCAGGGACUGGGAGACCGGCUGGGUGACAGAAAACACCUCCUACAAGUCCUUCAGCCGUGCCUUGGUGAACGUGGACAUUGGGCUGCACAUUGGCCUGGCAGGGGUGAACAUCACACUGGUGGGAAACCCAGUGAAUCAGGUCAACGAGACCAUCAACUACGACGAGCACUUUGCUUGGAGCUUCAAUGCAGACUACAACUGCAGCUAUGGUGAAGGCCUGGAGAAGGGGCUGCCCAGCCCCAUCCUCUACAUGGCGGAGAAUUUUACCAUGCGAAGCGCCUGCAGUGUGCACAGGCAGUACCGCAUAUCCAGCUGCUACGCAUCCCUCACACUGUGGAUGGCCCUUUGCACAUGGAUCAUUUCCAUCCUGUUGUUGUCCAUGCCUGUCCUGCUCUACGGUGGCUACACGCUCCUGCUCACUGCUGUGCUGAUGCUCUUCUCACUGCUCUUCUUCUUCACUGUGAGGAACAUCCCAAAGUGCUCCAUCCAGUCUGGCCCAGCUUCCUUGAAAACAGGCUAUGGUGGAUUUUGGUUGACAUUAGUGACAGGGCUGCUGUGCCUGCUGCUGGGGCUUGGUGUCAUCAUCCUGAACUCCAUGAAGCCAGAGAAGCUGAAGCUUGUCUUUAACCUGGAUGAGGGAAAGGGAGAAGAAGAGAAGGUGUGGGACAAGUCCUACCUGCCAGCCGAGACCAGCUCCUUGGCGCAGGACGUGCUGAUGGUCCCCCUGGGUCAGCUUUGCAAGGUGACAGCCACCCAUCUGUAA